GUGUGUACUUUUCUAGGUCUGCACUACAGUUCCCGUAGGGCGAUGACUAGGUUUGACGACAGUGUUAGGGCAUUGGACUGCGUUUCCAUGGCCAUAUCAUCUUCCCUCCCAAAAUAAUUACCGCACUCAAAUCACAGGUUAAAAUAUCCCUCAUGGGAUUUUAGCUGUGGCGCCAUUUUUUCAAAAUUCCCCCGCCCUCCCUCUCUGUGUGUGUGUGUCUCUCUCCUCUCCCACCCACUGUUUUGUUUUGAAGUUUAAACUGGGGCACUGACCGACCCAUCGUUUCGGUACUUUCCACUCUCUCUCUCUGCCCCCCGCAUAACCCCUUAAUAACCGGGAGACAUUUAAGGUUCCCAUAAAUAGGUUUCUUUGAGUUCUCCCACAAGCAAACAACACACUUUUUGCUUCCCUUUUCAGAGCCAGACUAGAGAGAAAGAGUUGAGGAUUUGUGUCUGUGAUGGCGAGGGGAAGAGGAAGAGGGAGAGGCAGAGGGAGAGGAAGACCCAGAAUGGUGCCGGAAAAUCAUGGGUCCACCACCAGUGUCGAAAAGGAUGGUGCUUUAGAGGCGGAGGAGGUGGGUUUGGAGAAUCAGAGUGAAGGGUUGAAAAUGGAAGUGGAAGUGGUUGCUGCUGUGACUGAGAAGAAGAAGCGCGGUAGGAAAAGGAAGACUGAUUUGGAGGCUGUGAAGGCCGCGGAAGGCGGCGACGGAGGUGCUUCUGCCGCCAAGGAGGAAGGGGAGGCGGAGGAGGAGGGGGUUUUGGGAAAUCAUAAUGGAACACACGGGGAGGAAGCUAAAGGAGUUGAAUUGAAUCAGAAUGGAGCGCAACGUCGAAGCAAGAGAAGCAGAAAUUUGGGGGUGGAGUAUUUGGAGAAGGAUGAGCACGAAAGCGGGGACGAAUGCAGACACAAUGGCGGUGCUUCUGUGAAGAAGCGCGGUGGGAGAGGUCGGAAAAAGUUGAGAUUUGUAGAGGGAAAGGGAAGAACUGUUGGUUUGGAAGGGAAUGGUGUAGUUGAUGAGUUGAAAUGGGAAGAAGGCAGAGGAGACAAUGGAAAUAGGGCCCCUAAGAAACGUGAUAAUGGGGGUAGGGAGGAUGCAGAAGAUGAACAAGUGGGGCAUUCUGAUGACACCGAUAUGGAGAAAGAAGGUUUGCGAAGAAGCAAGAGAGCAGAUUAUUCAAUUAGGGGCGUCAAGGAUCCUCCGAACCAGGAAGAAAGAAAAGUAAAUAAGCAGUCCAAGAAAUUUGUUGAGGAGGUUUCGUUGAUGUGCCAUCAAUGUCAGAGGAAUGACAAAGGCCGGGUAGUUCGCUGCAAAGAGUGUAAGAGGAAGCGAUUUUGUAUUCCUUGCAUACAGAACUGGUACCCUUAUACAUCAGAGGAUGCCAUUGCUGAAUCUUGUCCAGUAUGCCGAAAAAAUUGCAAUUGCAAAGCAUGCUUGCGCUUAGAUUAUCAGUCUGAGAAGGAUGUUUACCCUGAAUUUGAAGUUACCAAGGAGGAGAAAGUUGAGCACUCUAAGUAUUUGAUCCAUACUUUGCUUCCAUUUUUGAAAAGACUUAAUGCUGAACAAGUGACGGAGAUGGAGAUCGAGGCUACAAGACAAGGGAUAUCCCCUUUGGAGCUAAAGACAAAAAAGUCAGAUGUAGAUCCUGAUGAGCGUGUGUUUUGCAACAACUGCAAAACUUCCAUCUUUGACUUUCACAGAAGCUGUCCUGGAUGUUCAUAUGACCUCUGCCUUAUCUGUUGUGGGGAGAUUCGAGAUGGAUGCUUGCAGGGAGGUGGGGAAGAAAUGAUUAUGGAAUAUGUGAGUCGAGGCCUAGACUAUUUGCAUGGGGAGGAGGUAAAAGUGAAACUGCCUUUGGAAGCUAGCCCCAAGUCUUCUGUUAGAUCAACAUUUGAGUGGAAACCAAAUGACAAUGGUAGUAUUUCUUGUCCUCCAAAGGACAUGGGUGGUUGUGGUGAUGGUAUAUUAGAAUUGAGAUGCUUGUUUCCCGAAAAUCACCUCAUGGAGUUGGUAAAGAAAGCAGAAGAGAUAGACAAAACUUACAAACUAAUGAAUGCAAGUGAAACUGGUGCAGAGAUGUGUUCCAAAUCUGUUGAUGAUGUUAACUCAAGCACUAAAAUAAGGAAAGCGGCUUCUAGAGAUGCUUCGGAUGAUAACUACUUGUACUGUCCAAGGGCUGUAGAUAUCCAGCAUGAGGAUCUGAAGCAUUUCCAGUGCCAUUGGGUUAAGGGUGAGCCUGUAAUUGUGAGCAAUGUGCUCGAAACUACAUUAGGCUUAAGCUGGGAGCCAUUCGUCAUGUGGCGGGCUUGUCGUCAAAUGCAACAUAUAAAGCAUGGUCAACAUUUGGAUGUCAAGACUAUCGACUGCUUGGAUUGGUGUGAGGCGGAUAUCAAUAUACACCAAUUUUUUACUGGGUAUUCGCAAGGUCGGUUUGACUGGAAAAAGUGGCCCCAGAUUCUGAAACUGAAAGAUUGGCCGCCGUCUACUUUAUUUGAGAAACGCCUUCCUCGUCAUGGUGCCGAGUUUAUAAAUUGUUUGCCAUUCAAGGAAUAUACUCAUCCUAGAAACGGUUAUUUGAACAUUGCUACCAAAUUGCCUGAUAAAUAUGUAAAGCCAGACAUGGGGCCUAAGACAUAUAUAGCUUAUGGUGUUGCACAGGAGCUUGGACGUGGAGAUUCUGUUACGAAGCUUCAUUGUGAUAUGUCGGAUGCAGUCAAUGUUUUGACACAUACCACUGAAGUGACUCUUAAUCCUAAGCAGCUUGCCACUAUAGAAGAGUUGAAGAAAAAACAUUUUGAGCAAGACCAAAGGGAACUUUUUGGGAAUUGUCAGACUCGGGUUGACUGUGUGGAGAGUAACAAUCCAGAUAGUGGUACAUCAGUUCAGGAGUCCGACGAACCAACUGUUCGGCAUGAUGGAGAUAUUUCAAAGUGGUCUCAGAGUGUGGAGGAAAAAAUAGAUCAUGAUGAAAAUGGUGAAAAUUGUGAGGAUUCGCGAAACAGUGUGAAUAAGUUGGAAGGGUCAAUUGAAGCUGAGGGAGGUGCUUUGUGGGACAUUUUCCGGAGACAGGAUGUUCCUAAGCUGCAAGAAUAUCUCAGGAAGCACUUUAAGGAAUUCAGGCAUACACACUGUUGUCCGUUGCAGCAGGUUAUUCAUCCCAUACAUGAUCAAACCUUUUAUCUGACCGUGGAGCAUAAAAAGAAGCUAAAGGAAGAAUACGGAAUUGAACCGUGGACGUUUAUCCAAAAACUUGGGGACGCUGUCUUUAUUCCUGCAGGCUGUCCGCAUCAAGUCAGAAACUUGAAGUCAUGCAUCAAAGUUGCAUUGGACUUCGUUUCACCUGAAAAUGUCAGUGAGUGCUUCCAGAUGACAGAAGAAUUCCGAAAACUUCCACCAAAUCAUAGGGCCAAAGAGGACAAGUUGGAGGUCAAGAAAAUGAUUGUUCAUGCUGUUGAGGAUGCUUUGGAUCCGAAUGCGAGGUCCAAGAAAACUACUGGGCCAUCACCGAAAGGUAAGAAAGGUAAAAAACGAGGGCGAAAGAAAGCCAAGAUCGUGAAAGGUAAGGGAGGUUCCUCACCCGUCAUCAAGGGAUGAAAUCAAGCAUUGAAAACAGCUUAACUGGUAGAAUGGUUCUGUUGAGCUGUGUAUGCUGCUAGAUCUGUACCAUAAGAAGUAUUAUCCUACUUUUUGCUACAUAUCGACUGAUGGAAUGUGGUAUUUUGGACUCCAUGCUCACAUUCCACUCGUUUGUUGCUCGGGAGUGAGUUUGGAGUUUAUUUUGUUUUGUUUAAAAUCCACAGUUCCAUGCUCAAUUCGCUACGUUAUUCAAAUCGUGUAACACAGUUAUGUCAUUAGUAUUUGAAUCUGUGUUGCCACUAUUUUGAGUAGGCCUUGUAAAGCGCAGAAACAAUGAGGUUUUUUGGUUGCAUUCAAAAGUUCAUUGCCCAUUUA